AUGGAGCAUGAAGUGGAAUCUGAAUCACCUCUAAAGUCAUGCCCCAACCACGAGGCAGCCACAGUCAACCCCAUUGUGUUCGACAUUUCUGUUGAUAGCAAGCCCUUGGGCCACAUCUCCUUCAAGCUGUUUGCAUACAAAGUUCCAAAGGCAGCAGAAAACUUUCAUGCUCUGAGCACGGGAGAGAAAUGAUUUGGUUACAUGGGUACCUGCUUUCACAGAAUUAUCCCAGGGUUUAUGUGCCACGGUGGUGUCUUCACACACCAUAAUGGCACUGGCAGCAAGUCCAUCUACUGGGAGAAAUUUGAUGAUGAGAACUUCAUCCUGAAGCAUACAGGUCCUGGCAUCUCCAAGGCAAAUGCUGGACCCAGCACAAAUAGUUCCCAGUUUUUCACCUGCACUGCCAAGACUGAGUGGUUGGAUAACAAGCAUGUGGUCUUUGGCAAGGUGAAACAGGGCAUGAAUAUUGUGGAAGCCAUGGAGUGCUUUGGACCCAGGAAUCGUAAGGCCAGCAAGAAAUAACAGAUAACCAUUGCUAACUGUGAACAAGUCUAA